CCUACACCAGGCUUGGAGAGUUGGUCAGUGUGAAUAUGAGUUGGUGUUGGCGACGGACCUGUUCAGCAGCAGACAUACCCAGUGGUAUUACUUUCGAAUACAAAAAGCCUUGGUUGAUGUCACCUACAAAUUCAAGAUUAUCAAUUUGCUGAAAAGGAAUAGCCUUUACAAUUAUGGAAUGAAACCUUUGGUAUAUUCAGAAAAAGAUGCGAAGGAACGAGGAAUCGGGUGGUUUCGAUCAGGGCAUCAUAUCACCUACAAGCCAUUGAAUAAGAAGUCCUUCUACAACCUUCUUCCUUCCACAGAGUACUACUGCUUGGAGUUCAAGAUAGAGUUUAGUAAUAAGAAUGAUUCGUACUACUUGGCACAUUGCUAUCCCUAUAGCUACACGGAUCUGAAGGCUCAUUUGGAUGAAAUAACAAAUGACCAAAACCAUUUGGAGUAUUUCAGAAAGGAAGUUCUGUGCGAAACAAGAGCUGGAAAUAGCUGUUUUUUGCUGACCAUUACUGAUUCUACAACAGAUAAGGAAAACGUUGAAGGAAAGCUUGGUGUGGUGCUGACAGCAAGAGUUCACCCAGGAGAGACUCAAUCAAGCUGGAUGAUGAAAGGCAUUGUAGAUUUCCUGAUCUCUGAGGAGCGUAUAGCUAAGGAGCUGCGGCAAAGAUGUGUAUUUAAAAUUGUUCCUAUGCUAAAUCCAGAUGGAGUUAUAGUAGGAAAUUACAGAUGCUCCCUUUCUGCCAAAGACCUCAAUCGGAACUAUCGACACCCAAAGCAGGAACUCUUCCCCACUGUGUGUCACACUAAGAAAAUGAUAGAGGAACUUCAGAAUGACCAUUAUAUCCUCUUGUACUGUGACCUGCAUGGCCACAGUCGGAAACCGAAUGCUUUCAUGUAUGGCUGCAGCCAGGUAGGAUCCACAGAUCCAUCUGGAGCAGUGGACUACCUCAGACAGAGGAUAUUUCCAUGGUUGAUCUCCCAGAGGUAUCCAGACAUGUUUGACUGGAGCAGCUGCAAGUUUCAUAUCCAUAAAUGUAAGGAAUCAACAGGCCGGGUGGUGAUGCACAGACAACUGGGUCUAAGUGACUCCUUCACCUUAGAGGCCUCAUUCUCAGGGGCAGUCAAUGAACAUUGUACUGUUCAUCAUUUCAAUAUACAAGAUUAUAUGUCAAUUGGAAAAAAAUUCUGCAAGGGC